AUGUCCGAGGGCGACAUGUACCUGGACAAUGAACAUGCAAAGGUCAUCAAAAGAGGACGGAAGACCACGUGGUCGGAAGUCGACCUUAUGGACACGAAGGAUGCUCAGACCGGGUAUUACGGCUCCACUCAGAUCCUCAAGUAUCCGCAAGACUCAUGGCCCCGAAAGGUCAAUGAGGAGAUGCGAUCAAAAGCGCAAACAUUGCUGACCAGUAUGGUAGAAAUGAUCGACAUUCAAGUUGUCGUUGACUCCACCCCAGGAAACGCCGGUACAGCAUGCCCCAACCAGGGCCCCUUGCCAGCUGAUGUUUUUGUGACAUUUCCUCGAGGAAGUCGUACGCUGAUCAACAUGAAUCGAUCUUUAAUAGAAGACUUGGUCAUGGAAAAACGUCCUCUGUAUGAAUCGCUUGAUCUGGCUGAGAUGAUGCUCCAUGAAUUUGCUCAUGCUUUGCAACAUGCAACUCACGGCCCCCGACAAGAGGAAUGCUUCUACAAGAAUGCUCGGUACUCAGAAGCUGGAUACGACUUUACAAGCGAGAUCUUCGGCGGCGUCUUUCAGACGGUCAACGUCGAGUCACUGUGGUGUCAGCAUGACCCUACAGGGAGGCAGACGCACUUCGAUAAGUACUACGACGAUGAUGAGAUCCUGGAGGAUGGCGAUAACUAG